CAUCUUGAGGAUUAGACUUUUUAUAAAUAAUAAUAUAGUUUCAGUUUACUUAUCAAAGAAAUUCUGUGGGUUGUUUUUAAAAAGUAGAAAACUCUAGGACUAAAUAACACUAAUUCUAAUCUUCUUCAUCUUCUCUUUGUUCUGAACCUGGGGGUUCAAAAAUAAAAUCUCAUCAUGGCUGGAAUAGUGAGACGACUCUGUACCAAUACAGCAGAGAAGCACUUGACUUCAUCUGUCUACCACAGGGUCUUAUCAUCAUUCCCUGAAGGAAUUCAGAUGGCUUUUGCCUAUGGGUCCGGUGUCUUCCAACAGCAGGGUCAUGUUGACAUGUCCAAAAACAUGCUGGAUUUUAUAUUUGUUGUUGAUAACCCUAUUGUUUGGCAUAGACAAAACAUGCAAUCAAACAACAAGCAUUAUUCCUUCUUGAAGUACCUUGGACCUACAAAUAUCACAAAGAUUCAGGAACAGUUUGCAGCUGGAGCAUAUUUCAACACUUUAGUACCCUUUGAGGAUAGGUUCAUCAAAUAUGGUGUCAUCAGCACCAGACGAUUAAUUACAGAUCUUCUUGACUGGGACUCCUUGUACGUUAGUGGACGUCUUCACAAACCGGUGAAAUUCCUCGUUACACCAACGGAUUCCGAUCUGUUGAAAGCUAUGCAAAUAAAUCUACAAAGUGCCACCCAUGCAGCCCUGUUGAUUCUUCCCGAGACCUUCACAGAAGAGGAGCUUUAUAUCACAAUCACUGGCCUGUCUUACCAUGGUGAUUUUAGAAUGAAAGUUGGGGAGGACAAAAACAAGAUUUCCAAUAUUGUGAAACCAAAUAUGCCAUUUUUUCGACAAAUGUACCACACGUUUCUUGAAAAUGAAGAGCAUUUAUUUUGGGAUAAGAACAAAUCACUUGAACAGUAUCCUAGUUAUGUUACACAGUUUCACCAUUUGAAUUUACUGUCCAAAGCUGUACAGAUGGAGUUGCUGACAUUAAAAUACAAAGGUGGAAUUUAUCCUGACAUGGAAGAGGUUCUUAGACAAUAUGCUCACGAUAGCGCCUGUGGUGAACAUGUAGCAAAAUGUAUUUCUAGUAUUGUAUGGAAUUCCAGCCUUAAUCAGAGUUUAAAAAGCCUCUUCACUGCUGGUGUUGGAAAAUCAGCCAGAUACAGUGCAGCAAAACUAAAGAAAAUGUUCAAGAGCUAGUGUAAGUAACAGUGUUUGAGUACAUGUUACUGAUGGGAUCUUGAGUCCAUAGUGGAAUUCAGGCCCUUUAUCCUUUAGAUCAAAUGGAAAUUACUUAUGGCUUGUGAACAUGUGAUCCUGUCACUAUGAGAGUAUUGGAAUUAAACCUAACAUAAGUUUGUAUAGAUCUAAUAAAAUGUGUUAUAUUCA